AUGGAGUCUCAUCCAUGUGACUGGUACCACAAGCAUGCCAAGUUUACUGAGAUAGGCACCAAACCUAUCUCAGCACUCAAAGGGCACCAAACCCUUCGAAUCCUGGUGGAGGAAUGCACCAAACAUUCCUCUCUGCAACAUGAAUUGAUAAAAAGAAAGAAGAAAGAAGAACUCACCUUAGACAGUAGCAUGAAGGGCUUGCAAAAGAAGUGCAACAAGUGCAUGUGUGUGGACUAUUUGGUGGUGGCAGUGCCAUGGCAAUGUUACAAUGCUGCCAAGUCCCAGAGGAAAUACCGACAAAUUAAUUGUCAUAGGGGAACACUUGGUGCCCUUGAUGGCUCUCAAAGGCUUGGAGCCUUUGAGAGUCAUCUUGACAAGACUCCAUCUCAUGGAGGCACUACUUUGUAUAGUGCAACUCAGGGUGUUGAAGACUGCCAGCUUUCCUUGGCUACCCUGGAGUCCAUCUUUUACUUCCCAAAUGAGACUCAGCUGUUCAUGUUACCUGCUGACAAGACUCUGUUCACUUUGCCCAUUGGGACACCAAUCAGGCCAAUAGUUUUCCAUGGCUACCCCCAGCUCUGCCUUGUCCAUCUGAGACAAGACUCCUUCACUUUUCCUGCUGGGAUGCUAAUCAGGCUGAUGGUUUGCUGUGGCUACCCCCAGUUCUGUCUUCUCCUUCCAAUACUAGAGUCUUUUCAAUUUGCCCACCAUAUGUUCUCUUCAACAUCUAUUAUGCCAGGGGAACAUUUGGUGCAUCCCCCACCAAGUGCCAGGGGCUUGGUGCCCUUGGCAGCUCUCAAAGGCUUGGAGCUUUUGAAAGUCAUCUCAGUAUGGAUAUACCCUAAACUCUACCUUUUCAUUUCCCAAGGAUAUUCUGUUCAUUUUACAAGCUGUCUUGUCUCUGCUUCCAUCAUAGGAGCCAUGAACGAACCAUGCAUGCAGGAUUCAUUGAGGUGGAUCCUAUGUGUUAUUCCAUGGCUGCUAACAAAUGGGGAAGAAGAACCUUCUGUUGGAGAUCUGCCUAUUGACUUGCAAUAUUGCACUCUAAUCACUAUUGUUUCGCAUCUUGAACUGAGCACAGUCGAUGCUGCAACCCUUGCCAACAUCCUACUUUCAAGAUCCCAGUGUGAAGCACCAUCAUUUCCAUCGAGUUUGGCUCCCUCAACAUCGUCAUCCUGUCAGGAGGGCACUGCUGCGGUCCCUUUCCUCCCCUUUUCCCCCAUCAGACUGGAGGCCCCCACUCCCCCUGUAUCAAUCCAUCUAACAUCUGCUGACACCCCUGACUCUGCCACUGUUCUUGUCCAUGGACAUCUGGACAUGGAACCAAGGGAUCCAUCCCUGGCAGAUGAGUGUUGGCAUACUUCAACUGGAGUAUUUUUCAUGGUGACCCUGUAA